AUGGCCAACGCAAACACCGACCGUUACGAAGAUACCGAGAAGAAUGUACCACUGCAAAUCGACGAUGUCGCAACAUCCGAAAAAGACCUCAAGGCGCAAGCUGCGCUCGAUGGCGCCGACUACACUGGUGCGAUUGCCAAGACAGAUCCAGCAGAGAUCGCCCUGGUACGCAAGCUGGACAUGCGAGUGAUGCCAGCGCUCUUUUGCAUGUACUUUCUCAACAAGCUCGACCAGAAUGCGAUAGCAAACGCGCGCCUCAACGAUCUCGAAGACGACCUCGGUCUUGUCGGAAACCAAUACAACACCUGCAUAUCCAUUCUUUACGUUGGCUAUCUCUUUGCGCAGAUACCCAGUAACAUGCUCAUGUCGUCCAAGAAAGUGCGGCCUUCGCUCUACAUGGCUCUGUGCUGCUCCAUCUGGGGCUGCGUAGCAGCUCUCACAGCUCUGGUCAAAAACUACACUGGACUGGUGCUGGUGCGUUUCUUCCUCGGAUUCGUCGAAGCCCCGUUCUACCCAGGCGCUCUAUACAUCCUGAGCAUGUUCUACACGCGCAAGGAAAUCGCCACAAGAGUAUCUAUCCUGUAUGCCGGAAACAUCUUCGCCGUCUCUUUCGCUGGACUCAUCGCCGCGGCUACUUUCGCGACGCUGGACGACAAGCAUGGAAUGCACGGAUGGCAGUGGCUUUUCAUAAUCGAAGGCAUCGUCACAGUCGGCGUGUCUAUCGUCUGUGUAUUCUUACUACCGGAUGAGCCGCUGACAACAAAGUGGCUCACACCUGAACAACGUCAAUUGGCGCACGAUCGUAUCCAGCGGGACACCGUUGGACUUGAGCCAAGCAAAGGAGUCAAAGCGGGUUUCAUGCAAGCUCUGCGCGACCCAAGACUUUAUCUUCUGGUAUUUAUGCAGAAUAUGCAUUUGAGCGCUACGUCUUUCAAUCAGUUCUUCCCUACUGUAGUCCGGUCUCUGGGUUUCAGUACAACCAUCACGUUGGUCUUGACUGCUCCGCCGUCGCUCGUCGCCGGUGUCGUCGGCAUAUGCAUCGGCAUCUCGUCUGGCAAGUUCAACGAUAGAACAUGGCACAUCACUGUCAUGAUGGGAAUCGCAGUCGUUGGAUUCGCUAUCAGUGCUAUCACGCUCAACACCGCCGCGCGCUACAUCUCUUGCUUCCUCUUCGCUUCCGGUGUUUAUUCGGUCAACUCAGUGAUUUUGGGCUGGGUGUCAGGGACACUGGGCCAAACCACGGAGAAGAAGGCUGUGUCACUGUCCAUCGUCAAUGUGGUUUCCAUGGCUAGCUUCAUCUACACGCCUUACCUGUAUCCCGCGAGCGACGGACCGAAGUAUGUAAUUGCGAUGAGUAGCAAUGCGGCGUUUGCCGGGGCGUGUAUUGCAUCGGCCUGGGCGCUGAGGGCGUGGCUCCAGGUGACGAACCGGCGGCUGAAGAGGGAUGGUGUCAACGUUUUCUACGCGUAUUGA